UGGAAGAUGGUUCAAAAGUGGCUGAUAUUAAAAUGAAAAUGUGUGCUGUGGCUGAACAAUGCGUUGGGGGCUCAAUCAACUUUGGAGUUGCCCAAACUCGAAUUACCAGCAAGUGUUGCACCUCUGAUCUUUGCAACUUUCAAGAUGCCCCUGAGGGCAGCAUCUCCUCUCCAAAUGGGAAAAAGUGCUUCCAAUGUGAUGGAAUCGAUUGCACAAAAACUCUAAAAUGCAAUGGAAAUGAGGACUACUGUAUCUCAACAGCAGUGACUGUAGAAGGGAAGAAGGUGACUGUAAAGGGCUGCGCCUCCAAGCUGAUUUGCUCAGAGACGCAAUCUGCACAGAUCUCAGCAAUUAUUGGAGAAGAAAUCAACUGCUGCCAGGGUGACCUUUGCAACAGUGCCAGGAUGACAACAACAUCACAGCCCAGCAGGACAACUGCUGGCACAACAGCAACAACAUCACAGCCCAGCAGUACAACUGCUGGGACUACAGCUGUUGGCCUUCUGCUUUUUGUGACACCGCUGAUCUCUUUGGUCUUGUUCUCUUAGCUGAUGGAAACAACAACAUCACAGCUCAAAUUUACUUCUAAACUUCACAAUGCCUUCUCACGUAUCUCCAGAGCUUAAAAAAAUAGAAAUUUAUGUAGCUAAACAUUAUUUUGAGUUUUU